GAGAAAGGACUAAUAGUAUAAAAAUACGAUUCGUUGCUUUCCCUUUUGUUAACAAAAAAAAAAAAAUCAUCUUUCCUCUCCACAUCCUUUCUGACACCUCACCUCUUCUUCCUCCGUCCCGUUCCGUUCUCCACAAAAAAGCGAUUGAAUGGACUCCAUCUCUCCGCUUUCCAAUCAGACGACGACGACGACGAGCUCUAGCUCCGAUCUCUCUCGCCGUAAGCGUAGGAAGAAAUCUCCACCGUCUCCGCCUCCAUCGUUGGAGAAAUGGAGAUCGGAGAAGCAGCAACAGAUCUACUCCACGAAGCUCGUCCACGCUCUUCGCGAGCUUCGAAUCAGCCAACCGUCGCCAAAUCCUAACGGCAGAGCCGUGCGCGAAGUCGCCGACAGAGCGUUAGCCGUCGCGGCUAGAGGCAGAACGCUAUGGAGCCGAGCGAUACUCUCCAAAGCGGUUAAACUCAAAUUCAGGAAACACAAGCGGCAGAGAAUCGCGAACCCGGCGUUGACUCAGCCGGUAAUCGCAACCGGGAGUCUCAGGUCGAAGAAACAGACGGUUAUGAGGAUUAAAGCGAAAGGAUUGCCAGCUGUACAGAGGAAAGUUAAGGUUUUGAGCCGGUUAGUUCCCGGUUGCCGUAAACAGACGUUACCGGUGGUGUUGGAAGAGACUACUGAUUAUAUAGCGGCUAUGGAGAUGCAGAUUCGCGCCAUGACUGCUCUUCUCUCCGCCGUCAGCUCUCCGACAGAACAUGAAGAGGAGGGACAAACACAUGUGCUUGGUUAGUUGGCCAAACUGUCUUUUUCCUUUUUUUUCUUUAUCAAAAAUUUAAAAAACAAAAAACAAAAAAUGUUUCUCAUUAUUUUUUCACUGUAUCGUUUGCGGGUUUGAAUAUUUUACUAUUGUGUCAUUUUACCAAUUUCAUCAUGUAUAUCCAUUUUUUUUAUCUUGAAUAUCUCUGUUACAGUGAUUGAGCUCUGUAAUCGUAAUAAAUUUCAGUUUCUUGAUAA